AUGAUUCAUGAUGUCAAUUCAUCGGGGAGUUCGGCGUUGUCGCCCCGCACUGUAUCGCCGGACGACGCGCGCCUCAUCGCGGCCAUCAGCACGUGGACGCAGCUGAGUUUCGUCACGUCCAUCACGACGGUGCCUCUGACGUGCACCCUCGCUGUCCAGAGUACCGUGGCGUGCAAGAAAAGACGCAGAUACGGAGGCAGAAAAUUCAGCCUGAUACCGAAUUUCAAUGAGGAAAGUUCCGUGCCGGCAGUGGACGGUUCAAUGAACUUAGUCUCGUCUCCCGCCUCCCAAGACGACUUAGAAGCGAACACGGAAGACAAAAAUGACGAAGAAAGAUCCGGACGACUCGCCCUGACUGUGUGGCGAUCGUUCACCUCCACCUACACGAUGAUCAUGACCUCCACCAACAAUGCAGUGACUUUCUCCGUGUCUAUCGCGUGCACGAUCCAAGGGGCGAGCUUCCCUGCUCCAUGCGUCGGUUGAUCUAGAAGCAUGGGCAAGGGUUGGGCAAUUUGAUGGAAGCACCUAACAUUGUGACGUAAUAUUUCAAUAUGGUAUAAUUUAGUAUAUUUUAAUUUCAUUUGAGGUUCUUGAUUGCUUAUUGAAGCAACGUGUUCCCAGACAUUACCGUGUUCCCAGACUUUAAUUCUACCGAGCGCAUGUAGGAAAACAGUCAAAAAGAUGCACAUGCAUAUGGUCCUGACUGAUUUGCAGAAUCAAUAAGAAAAGAACUGGGGAAUAAUUCCACUUGAGUACAUAAUAAUUCCAUUAGAGUAGAGCACAUUUCCUCAAAAAUUUGAGGCAGUAUUUACUGGCAAUGGAUGCAAAUUAUGGACAACAACAGGAUGCAAAUUAUGGUCUGCUGAUUUUUAAUGUUUUUCCACUUCUGUAUCCAAAGGACCACACGUUAUCUGGCAUGGAAAUUGGUAUUAAUUUGUUUCAUCCAUAUAGAUUUUAUGGAUCGCGCCGCAAAUUUCAAUUUUUGACUCAGUUUAGCUUAAUACUUCAAUUUAUGCAAAAAAGCUCAUCAUAGUUACAUAUUCUUGGCUAUCAACAAUGCGAAUGCCGAGCGAAAAAAAUCAGAGUAUCGAGACUUGUGCAGUACACUCGAAUUUCGAAGUCGCGAUAAGAGACUGCGGCGUCUAAUAUGUUUCUUCAAUAAAUUUGUAUCGCAAUCUAUGUAACGUCCUUAAAUAAAUCAUUUUAUUAGUUUUAGGCCGAAUCUUAAGUUCGUUUAAGCUCAAUAAAUUUAUAUGGCAGAUAAAGCAAGUGGAAUAUCUAUGUAAAGUCCUUCAAUAAAUCAGUUUAUUAGUUUUAGCCAGAAUCUUAAGUUCGUUAAAAAGGAAAAAGUAUUGUUGAGAAUUGCCACUUCUAAAUUUCCUGUUUCUCCCGAAUAUCGCGAGCUCCAUAUAACGUUAAUGGUCUCGUCUGUAUGUUAAAUAUAAUUUUGUAAAUUUCUUAUAGUAGUAGGGGUCAAAAUAUAA